ACCCCCCGCCGCCCGGCGCGGCCAUGGGGGCGCAGGUGACCAGGAGCCUGCUGUACGAUUCCAUAGGUGGGUCGUUUUCAGCUUCUUCGCACCGAUGCCACCACAAGCAGAAGCACUGUAUUCCCAUCCCACAGUGUGGAGCUCUAGCCAUCAGCCCCCUGCUUUUCCAUCCGCACACGAAGGGAUCUCAGAUCAUCAUGGACACAACUCAGAAGGCAGUGAAGCGCCAGGCUAGCUUCUGCAAUGCCAUUACCUUCAGCAACAGGCCCAUUGUUAUCUAUGAACAAGUCAGGCUUAAGAUCACUAAAAAGCAGUGUUGCUGGAGUGGGGCUCUUCGACUUGGGUUUACUUCCAAGGACCCAUCGAGGAUUAACCCUGACACUCUGCCCAAGUACGCGUGCCCUGACUUGGUUUCACAAAGCGGUUUUUGGGCCAAGGCUCUGCCAGAAGAGUUUGCCAACGAGGGAAACAUCAUAGCCUUCUGGGUGGACAAGAAGGGACGGGUUUUCUAUCGGGUGAACGACUCUGGUGCGAUGCUCUUCUUCAGCGGGGUGAGGACAGCAGAGCCCCUCUGGGCUUUAAUUGAUGUCUACGGACUCACCCGCGGAGUGCAGCUCUUAGACAGCGAGAUCAUUCCUCCCGACUGCCUGCGGCCCCGCUCCUUCACCGCCAUCCGCCGGCCCUCGCUGCGGCGGGAGACGGAGGACACGCGCCUCUCGGUCAGCCUCUGCGACCUCAACCUGCAGGAAGAGACCUUCCACGUGACAGCCACCACCUGUCCCAUCCCACAGAACUCCCUCAACUCCCAGCACUCCCACCUCCUUCCGUCCCAGCUGGAGAGCGACCUCCGCUUCCACCACCUCCGGGGACCCCACGUCAAAAUCCUCGACGACCAAACCGUGGCCCGUCUGGAGCACGCCCGGGAGGAGAGGACUUUGGUUUUCACCAGCAGACCCCUUCGGAUCAACGAAACCAUUUUUGUCAAAAUCAACAAGUCCAACGCGGUGCGCACGGGGACGUUGUCCUACGGGGUGACGUCCUGCGACCCCGGCACUUUGCGCCCCAGCGACCUCCCCUACAACCCCGAGUCCUUGGUGGACAGGAAGGAGUUCUGGGCCAUCUGCCGAGUCUUGGUGCCCCUGCAGAGCGGAGACAUCCUGGGAUUUAUGGUGAAUUCAGAUGGUGAGCUGCACCUGAGUCACAACGGUGCUGGCACUGGCAUGCAGGUCUGCGUGGACUGUUCCCAGCCCCUCUGGAUGUUCUUCGUUUUACACGGCGCAGUCAUGCAAAUCCGAUUGUUGGGUUCUACCACCUUAGCCGAGCGGCUGGGCCUGUCCACACCGAGCUCUCCCACAUCCAGCCCCAAUUCCCCCACCGUCCUCUGCAGCGGCGUCUCUGACCCCAUACUGUCUACAUGUGGCUCCGGCCCCCUCUGCAGCUCUAUCAGUGGCACAGCUCCCAACUCUCCGAUCAGCUUGCCUGAGUCCCCCAUCUCCCCCUCCGUCGCAGGGCCCUGGGGAGAUGAAUGCACCAUCUGCUAUGAGAACAUGGUAGACACAGUCAUUUACUCCUGUGGACACAUGUGUCUCUGCUAUUCCUGUGGGCUGAAGCUCAAGAAGAUGGCCAACGCUUGCUGCCCCAUUUGCAGACGGGCCAUCAAAGAUAUCAUCAAAACAUAUCGCAGCACCUAGAGCAGCAGCAGACGCUGUGGUGGGGACUGGGCAGGUGGGGAGGAAACAACACAGGUCUUGGUCUCUAUUAAUCAUCCCAAGAGAUUAAAAAACCAUCAUCCGCCAUCAUCCUGAUCCCCUCUUCCAUGAAGAACAGAUGAGACAAGCUUAGAUGCUGCUCUUCUACCCUUCAAACAAGCCCUGGGGCUGAACUCCAGUGUGUCAGGGAAGUUGGGAUGGACUGCUCUCCCUUGUGGAUUUUAUCUCUAAGAAACCCAACCCAGCUGGUGCAAUCAUCCCUUUUCUACAGCGUGCCCAGCAGGAGGAGUCUCCAGUGUUCAGCAGAGACAGGAAGCAGUAAAAAGUUGAGUGCUACACAUCUCCUUCCAGAGACAACCCCCAUGCAGAGAAGAGCUUAGCAGAAGAGAAAGAGGUAACAUGUUUCUGCAUACAACCAACCUGACCAGAGGAAACCCCUUAGAAAGGACAGUGUGAGGCAAAAUUUGACCGAGGGAGGGACAUGCAGUGAGCACAUUGCCAGCAGAAAGGCUGAGGCCACUGCAGAAGAGGACCUGGGAUUUGUGAAGCAAAAGCCAGCCCAUGUCUGCAGGCAGAAGAGCAGCCAUGUGUCAGGGCCUUAAGGGCUGUCGCUGGCUCCUCCCUCACUGUUUCUUGGCAGAGGCAUUUGUGGCACAUGUGGCAGCCAACACCAGCCCUGGCCUUGCUCUCUCUCCCAGCAGCAUCCAGCCACCUCCUGUCGCCAUCCUGUUGUGUGAGGAGCAUCUCUCACACCCCACCAUCGCCGGUUUGCAUGAGGUCUCCACGCAGCACAAGGGAUUCAGCAGCAUCUCUGCCUCCGUGGGCCUGCAGGAGAGGAAGAUAUAUCUCCCUCAGCUUUCCUCCCCCUGCUCUCCAGACAGCACAUGUAAGGGAGAAAACAAAAAGAACCAAACAAAAAAAGCUCCAAGCCCACUGGGGAAGAAUGUAUAAACCCACAUGUCUAUGGGUUUCAUUUACUGGUAACUUUAUCACUGUGCUUUACAACAAAACCAGCCAGGUGGUAGUCAGCCCUUCACAGCCAGCCUCAUGUGUUAGGAAAAAAGGAAAAAAAAACCCAGCCAGCUUGCAGGGUGUGGUUUGCUUUGGUUUGUGUAGAUCAAUCCCCUUCCCUCCUGGCCUCAUGGCUGGCACCCGUAAUGGUGGCCCCGGCUCGCCCUGACAAACGCUGCUGCGCCAGGGCUGCUGGCAGCAGCACCCUCCAGCCUCAUCCUGCCGCCUUCUAGGGAGGCACAGAGGGUAGAGACUGUGUGUGGGCCGUGAGAGGUGAUGCAGGCCAGGGCACAGCAGCAGUGCCCUGCUACAUUGCCCACCAGGCCAGGCUUAGGAAAGCCAUGGAGUUGCACUCCUCCUGCCAAGCCUUUCCCUGCACCUCAGCAUGUGGCCGCUGCCAGGGCAGCGUGGCAGAGGGAUAAAAGCAUUUAAUAUCCACAGGCACUCGCUGCAGUGGGCAUCGUGCCCCCCAGACAGUGGGUGGUGAAGGAGCACUUGCAGAAGCUGCUCCCAAGAGCACCUGGAAAGCAUGUCCUCAGCCUGUUCUCUCAAGGAACUGAAAAACGAGGCUACUGGCUGGAGAGCACAUGGUAGAGCCUUUCUCCAAAGGCACCACCAUCACUGCAGCCUAGCAGGGGGUGUGCAGCUACCCCCAGCCUGCCCCAGCGGGCAGUGCUAACUUGAACUCUGAUAUUCUGGUUACAGGGAUUUAUGUUGUUUCUUUGCAUACCUCUCACAUACACCCCUGACCCAGCCCUGCCCUGAGCUCCAGACCAGCUCUCAAAAGCCCCAGAGCAUCAUGGCUCCUGUGCCCAGAUGCCCUCACUGAGGGGUGGGAAGAGGCAAGUUUGGCAUGAGUCUGGGGUAAGUAAGAGCAGCCAUGGCUGGAGCAGAGCCAGGCCACAGGCAUGCAGCCAGCCUCCAGCGGGCCCCAGGACACAGCCAUGACCAUCAGACACAGGGAGCCUGUUGCAGUAGUUACACAAUCUCCAUUGCAAAGACUUUGGAGAGGAAGAACCCAAGAGGUAAGGAAGGUGUUGAUGAAACAGUGGAUGUGGGGAAACGUGCAAUAAGCAGCCUCCCGAGCCUUCACCACACCAGUGGGACCAGUUCCCCUCCGCCCAGGGCAAGCCAGUGGGUACCUUUUAUUUUUCAAGAAACUCCAUCCAUGGUUACCAGUGCAGUGGUGUGAACUCCCUUUUCACCUUUUGAAUUCAGAGUGUUUUAAUAUAUAACGGUGUUUGCUUUCCUGUGGACCAAACUCUAGGAGUUAGCAGAAGCUGAAAGCUCCCCCAAGCAUCCGAGCUCAAACAUUGGGGUUGAAACCCUGCUCCCAGCAUCAGCUGACCUCCAGUUGUGAGGAGGGAGGAGAAGAGCAAGGCUCUCUCCAGGGAGAAAAAAAACAACAAUAAAGAGCAAAAGCAGUAACAACAAUCCUAACCUUUUGUUUUGUUUGACUGGUGUAGGUUCCCACGUACCUCCGUGUUCUUGUGUCCUUUGCAUUUCAUUGCUUUACUUUAAGAUGUUUUGUGUUCUGUUUAAAGAGAAGAAUAACUCAUUGUGGA